CAGAAAAUCACCGUUUCCAAUCCUCUUAACAAAUAAAAUAUUUAAAUUUUAAAUUUAAGUUUUAACUGUAAAAUAUUUCUUAGUGUGAUUUUGUCGGGUCGUGAUUGCCGAGUCUUAACUUUUGAGUUUUAAGCUAAAAUUCCGAUUAUAUUAUGAUUAAGAGUUAUAUGUGAUAAUUGUGUUACCUUUGGGUAUAAUGUAUUCUUGAUAAUUUUGAUGUACGUCCAUGUUGGAUGUCGUUCUGUUCACAUAAACUAAGUAUUAAAUAUUUGACCGGAUACUAUUCUACUACGAACAAGAACUCAUUUCUAACAACUUUGUUCAAUUAUGUCGAACUUGUGGCGGUCAUUCAUCAAAUGGCACUUCCUUGCCAAAGUCAUGUUCAACAAGUUCAAAGGAUUUUUAUUCAGCACUAUCCCACGAAAGAAAAUGACUGUUAUUAUAGAGCAAGGUACCUUACAAGGAAUUCACUACAAAACACUAGUAUCAAAUAAGCCUUAUGUCAGUUUUCUAGGUAUACCCUAUGCUAAACCACCUGUUGGAGACUUGAGAUUCAAGCCUCCUGUCAAACAUCCAGGGUGGUCUGGUAUAUUAAAAGCAUUUUCAGUGGGAAACAUGUGCAUGCAAUAUUCAUUUUUAAGUAACAAAAUUGCUGGAAGUGAAGAUUGUUUAUAUUUAAACAUAUUUGUGCCUCAAGAAGAACUAGAAGAAAAAAAGGCUGUUAUGGUGUUUAUACACGGUGGAGCAUUUAAUAAUGGAUCUGCUUCGUCAGAUUUUUAUUCUCCUGAUUAUUUGAUUGAUGAAAAUGUAAUCAUAGUAACGAUUAACUAUCGAUUGAAUGCUCUUGGAUUUUUGAAUUUUGAUAUUGAUGAAUGUCCUGGCAAUAUGGGCUUAAAAGAUCAACUGUUUGCAAUCAAAUGGGUAAAAGCUAAUAUUUCUUCAUUUGGAGGGGAUAAUCAAAACAUUACUAUUUUUGGAGAAAGCGCAGGAUCAGCAUCUGUUCAUUGUCACACUCUGUCUCCACAAUCCACAGGAUUAUUCCAAAAGGCUAUCAUGCAAAGUGGAUGUAUAUUUAAUCCGUGGGCUUUCAAUGAAAACCACAGAGAAUCAGCUUUUAAGUUGGCAAAACAUUUGGGAUGUGAAAAGGAUAACCCUAAAGAAGUUGUGCAAUACUUGCUUAAUAUCCCAGCUAUUGACAUUGUCAAUUUUACUAAAAUCAAGGGCAAAACGGAUUUUACUAACUAUGAGUUUAUUCCAUCUGUUGAAAGUGAAGCGGUUAGUGACAAAUUUUUACCCGCUCAUCCAGAAAUUUUAGUGAAAAUUGCACCAACAGUACCUGUGAUAACUGGAAUCAACAACAUGGAAGGAUUGAUAGCUUUUGGAGAAUAUAGAAUGAGAAAAAUUAUAAAUGACACUGAAGAAAUUAAUGAACUAUUAAAAAGUCACUAUACUAAAGAGAUUAUAAACGAAGUAAAGAAUUUUUACUUUAAUGAGUGUAACCUUGAAUGCGGAACUACUAGAUUGGAAAAUAUAUGUCAUUUGUACAGUGAUUUAUAUUUUUCUAAAGAUUUUCACCGUAGUUAUAAUCAUUCUAUCAUACAAAACAUCUCUCCAGUUUUCUGUUAUGAGUUUAAAUUUGAUGGAGAAAUCAAUGCUUGCAAAAAUAUUCUCUUUUCUCUGAGGCCAACUUUUCAAUUGUUAAAAGGCGCAUGUCAUGCAGACGAAUUGAGUUAUCUGUUUUAUGGACGACUAUUUGGAUUUGCACCUAAAGCCAAUUCACCGGAGUUAAAAAUGUGUAGAAUAUUAAGUAAACUGUGGACCAAUUUUGCCAAAACUGGAAAUCCUAAUUCGCAAGAUUUAAGUUUCGAAUGGAGCAAUACAAGUGCAGAAGAACCAAAAUACUUGUCAUUAGAUGGAGACAAUACAUGCAUGGUCAAUGAAUUAUUAAAUAGUUCUAGGGUGCAUUUUUGGGAAAAAAUAUCGGAAACUGUUAAAUCGCAACAAAAAUUAUAGUUAUUUGUUUUCUAUAAUUGUUAAUAAUUAUGAUAAAGAUAAAUAAGUUUAAAAUUAACUAACAUCCACAUAAUUUUAAUGUAUC